AUGAACCUAAAAAAUCCCCAAACACUCCAAGCAACACUUUGUGCUGUCUUCCGUGAUGACGAUGGUUACGAUGCCUCUCAGACUAUCAACUCCUUGAAACAAGACUCUCCAGAGACCUACCGUCAACUGUUGGGCGAUGUUCUCAUCGCUUCUAAUGUCAGCUGGCGUCAGCAAACUUUGAACUUGAUUGAUGCGAUUUGGAAGGAAGAAGCAGAGACUCGCACUAACAUUCCAGUUCAAGAUGUGAUGAAGCACCCUUGCGCUGCUACUGUUGGGUCGACCAAGAUCUCUGUAUGGAAGGGUGAUAUCACCAAGCUUGAAGGAAAGAACCUGGCGAUUGUGAAUGCCGCCAACGAUCAAGGACUAGGUUGUUUUGUUCCUCAGUAUCGAUGCAUUGACAAUGUGAUUCAUCGAGAAGCCGGUCCAAGACUUCGCAUGGAAUGUCAGAAAGAAACGAAUCAUCGUAGAACAUCACUGUCGACUGGAACUCCUCCAAUUGUAACUGCUGGAUAUCACUUGCCAAGCGGUCAUGUGAUUCAUGCCACAGGUCCAAAAGUGCUAAAGAAUAAUGUCGAUGGACUGACCAGUAAGGAUCGAGAAGACUUGAAAAUAACCUACGAACUUGUCUUGGAAACAGGCUCCAAGACUGAUGGGAUUGGUAUUCGGCACUGGUUGGAGAAGCACCCAGAGUCUAGACUUGAUCAAGUCGUCUUCAAUGUGUUUACCAAUGCGGAUUGGGAUCUAUAUCCAAAACAUUUUCCAGUUUUUUCUACUUCAGCUGCAGAUAUCACCACUACACCAAGCCUUCGCGACAGAACCAUUGAUCUCGCAAAGCAAUGGAUCGAGGAUGCGGAUGCCGUAUUGAUUUGUUCUGGUGCUGGCAUGAGUGUCAAGGAAGGCGAAAUGGUCUACACAAAUCCCGAUGAUUUCACUAGAGCCUACCCUUGGUUCCUAAAUGGGGCUACAAGACCAGCUACGAAUGUAUGGGGCUAUCAAGAGAUCGAGACGUUCCUCCAACAGCCAAGUGGGCUCUGA